AUGGAUUCUUGGGCAGAUCGGAACAUUUCAUCGAGACUCCGUAUCGGCGAAGACGUCUUCGCGUUGCCUCCGACGCCGCCGACGCCGCCGUCGGUUCACCUGGAGGUCCAGGGAGGCCGUUUGCAGAGUAGCUGCGAGGCGACAUGGCUCUACAAAUGGCCCUGGGACGUCUCGACGGAUCCUGGAGAUAUUUCGGAGGCUGCGAUCAGCCCGCCGAUGGAAUCGGGAUGCCAUCACGUCUACAACCAUCAGGGAGGAUCGAGUCCGGCUGAAGCGGCGAUCGAGAACAGCCAAAACUACCCGGUGAACAGAUGGGAAGUGCAGCAUUACUCGAACCAGGUUAUAACGUGCGGCAGUUUAUCCGCUUCGUCUCAGUGUUCAGUAAGCAGGGAAGAAGCGAUUUCCUGUUCCCUAACAGGAGCAGGUGAUUCCUCGGUAGAAGUGUCCUGCGUUAAGACCAACAACAUCCAGGCGCACCAAACGGUCUUCAGAGCCUGGGAGGUUCCCGAUUUGCAGGAGGCGGCAGCCCAGGAUUUUCCCGCAGGAAAUACGACCCACGAAGUUUACCAAAAUUUGACAACCACCAGCGACGACGAAGCUUCUUCCCCGACAACUUCGUCGGAGUUGGAUUGCGAGACAAGUAAAAGGCUGAGCGGAACGGUGUCGGAAAAACCGCGCAAGGAAAGAACAGCAUUUACUAAACAACAAGUUCGUCAUUUGGAGUGCGAAUUCGCGCACAGCAAUUACCUCACCCGACUUCGGAGAUACGAAAUUGCCGUAGCUUUGGAUUUAACGGAGCGACAGGUCAAAGUUUGGUUUCAAAACAGACGUAUGAAAUGGAAACGAACGAAAGGAUGUCCUUCAUCUCAGAACAACGGAAAAAAAUUGUGAUAAAUUCUGUACCAGCCGAGUGGAUAUAAUAAUAAAAUAUGCAAUAUAAUAUGUAUCUGUAUGAAAUUUGUUUAUAAUUAGAAGAAAAGAUU